GUCAAAAAAAAUCUGUGGAGUGGUGAAUAAACUAAAGUUGAAGGAAAACAAGCAUUGUGCUGAUUUUCGAUCGCAGAAUUUACUCAUUUCCAUCUGUUUCGAAAUCUAUAGAAAUUUAUUUACGUGCACUAACUACAUAUAGCACUGUGAUAUCAAAAAAGCAUUUACUUUUGUGGAGCCAACCAAAUUUACAAACAUGGUGUGUGUUCCUUGUUUCAUCAUUCCCGUGUUGUUAUUUCUAUGGCAUAAGUUUAUUCAGCCUUAUGUUCUGCGCUUCUGGAAUCCAUGGGCCGUUAAAGAUGCUGACGGAAACGUGAAAACUGAGUUCCCGUUUAAAUGUGAAGGAGGAGUUUGCGCCUUUAGCAGAGGGUCUGGGAAGAAAGAAAAGCUAGAAGAAAAAAAACCAGAUGACGUAUCAGCUGAUCCUUGCAAUGACACUGCUCCUCCUUCUGACGCGAGGCUCAAAGCAGAUUAAAACUCACCAAACGCUCGUUAGCCUUUACUCUGGUGGUAGUCCUUCAAUGCAUUUAUAUUUUCGUAUCUGACUAGAUAACUAAUGAAAAAUGAAAUAUUUUAAAGUUACAAAAGUUAAGUUUGGGGUGGUAUAGAUUUAUUUUAAAAAUAAUAGCAAGAAUCCACAAGGACUUUAUAAACAUGUGUUGUUGUAACCAUGAAUGUAUUAUUUAGUUAGGCGUUUUUAAACUUAUGCUCCAAAGAGAAAUUAAAAGAAUGUCUCUUUCCAGAUUUAAUACCUGUAUUUGUCUGAAAAACAAUGUAACUAUUGAUGAAUAACUAUAUUAAAAGGUUGUUGUUAAUUUGUCUGUUUAGCUUUAUUAUAAUUAUGUUGCUAUAUGAGUAUUAGUAUCUAUUAUUUUGUGAUAUCCACACACAAAAUCUUAUUAUAAUAGAGUAGGCUGAGAAUUUCAAUGUAAAUAACUAUUUAUUUUUUCAAUAAACAAUGAACAUAA